CUUAGGCACAGAAUGCAGACUGUAGCCUUGGUGGGCAUAAUAUCCGCCCUGGCUCUGGCUCUGGCUGUUCCACUGAAGGAAGAUGGAAAGAAGAGGGAGAAGCACAGAUCUGCCACUUACGACAGCCUGGAUUUAGGCAACUAUGACCUCAACCUGGACAACUAUGGAGAGGUCAUCGAUCUUAGUAACUAUGAAGAGAACUACGAUUACGGGGACCUGGCAUCAAAGAUUGAGGUUGGCACCCUGCCUCCUCCUACCAAGAGCUUGGCGGGGCCUCUGAGCACAACAACUGGGGCAACUGAAAUUCUACAAAAGAGCCCACCAACAUCCACAGCUGCCAGGCCUCAGGGACCAGGCCUGUUUGGGUCCAUAACAGAUCAGGGUCUUCCCACCUGUUUGGUCUGUGUGUGCAUCAGCACCUCUGUGUACUGUGAUGACUCUGAUCUAGAACACAUCCCACCUCUACCCUUGGAGACCACAUAUUUCUAUGCCCGCUUCAACCACAUCAGCAAGAUUCAGGCCAGUGACUUUACCGGACUUGCAAAAUUGAAACGAAUUGACCUCACGAGCAACUUUAUUUCCUGGGUGGAUGAAGACGCUUUCAGGAUGCUGCCUUCCUUGCAAGAGCUUGUCCUCCCUGAAAACAAAUUGACUUCCCUGCCAGAGUUGCCCAGUUCCAUUGUGCAGCUGGACGCCCGCUUUAAUGCAAUCCAGAGUGCAGGCAUUCAACCAGAAGCCUUCAAGGAUCUGAAGAAGCUGGAGUUCCUUCAUCUGUCUGAUAACAAUCUGGACUACAUCCCCAUGCCACUGCCUGAGAGACUGAGGUCUUUGCAUCUACAGAACAACAACAUCCAGACUAUGCAGGUAGACACGUUCUGCGACAGCAGGGACUACAGCCACAUCCGCAGGGCUCUGGAGGACAUCCGCUUGGACGGCAACCCCAUCAACCUGAGCCUCUUCGCCAGUGCUUAUUUCUGCCUGCCUCGCCUGCCCACAGGCCGCUUCUACUGA